AUGAACUUCAUGAGCCCUAAGUUUUCGCUUACUGAUGUUGAAUAUCCAGCUUGGUGUCAAGAUGAUGAAGUCCCGGUAACAAUGCAAAAGAUCAGGGAGAUUUUUACACAGCUUACAGAGAAGUUUGGAUUCCAGAAAUCUUCUAUGGAAAAUAUGUAUCAGCAUUUAAUGGGACAGCUGGACUCCAGAGCAAGCCGUACGGGCGCUCAAAAUGCAUUAGUGUCGCUACAUGUCUCGUAUAUUGGAGGCGAGCAUGCAAAUUAUAGAAAAUGGUAUUUUGCCGCCCAGCUCGAUCUAGAUGAAGAGAUUGGUUUUCAAAACAUGCAACUACACGGGAAAGCACGCCAAAGGAAUGUGAAAAUGGCAAAGAAGAGAGGUGUUUCCAUCAAGGAACAGAUCAAGCAAUGGAAUGAGAAGGAACAAGAGUUCAUCAACAAUCAUCCGAAGAUAACUCUGACUCAAGAACAGUUAGAAGACCAGACGAAUUUAAAAAGUGCGGAUUAUAAGUGGAAAUUGAAGAUGAAAAAGUUGUCACCAGAAGAAAUGAUAAGACAGCUAGCCCUUUAUUUACUUUGUUGGGGAGAGGCGAACCAAGUCAGGUUUGCUCCAGAAUGCCUUUGUUUUAUCUUUAAAUGUGCACUUGAUUAUGACAUUAGUACAUUGAGUGAAGAAAAACCAAUGAACAUGCCAGAAUACACGUACUUAAAUGAAGUUAUCACACCUUUAUACGAAUUUCUAAGGGACGAAGUAUACAAAAAAGAUGCCAAGGGAAACUGGAAAAGAAGAGAAAAGGACCAUAAGAAUAUUAUUGGUUAUGAUGACAUCAACCAACUGUUUUGGUAUCCGGAGGGCUUUGAACGUAUUAUCUUAACCAAUGGGGAACGGCUGGUAGACAAACCACUAGAGGAGAGGUAUCUUUAUUUCAAAGACGUUGCUUGGUCAAAAGUAUUCUAUAAAACUUAUAGAGAGACCAGAAGUUGGAAGCAUUGUUUCACAAAUUUUAAUAGAUUCUGGAUCAUUCAUUUUGCACCGUUUUGGUUUUUUACCACUUUUAAUUCCCCUACUUUGUAUACCAAGAACUACGUGCAGUUAUUAAAUAAUCAACCUACACCUCAAGUUAGACUUUCCGUUAUUGCCUUUGGAGGAACAAUAUCAUGUUUAGUUCAAAUACUUGCUACCAUAUUCGAGUGGGGGUUUGUUCCUCGGGAAUGGCCAGGAGCUCAACAUCUGUCACGCAGAAUGACCGGCCUACUGCUUUGUCUCGCAAUUAAUCUAGGGCCGUCCAUAUAUGUCUUGGGAUUUUUUGAGUGGGACGUCCAUUCGAAAUCUGCAUAUAUUGUGUCCAUCACUCAGUUAAUUAUUGCACUUUUAACUACCCUUUUUUUUGCUAUCAGGCCCUUGGGCGGCCUAUUUCGUCCAUAUUUGAAUAAAGAUAAAAGGCAUCGAAGGUAUAUUUCAUCGCAAACUUUUACUGCUUCAUUUCCCAAACUAACAGGACGGAGCAAAUGGUUUUCUUAUGGGUUAUGGGUAUUCGUAUAUUUGGCAAAAUACAUUGAAUCUUAUUUCUUUUUGACCUUAUCCCUUAGGGACCCCAUCCGCGUCCUAUCUAUUAUGGAUCUAUCCAGAUGUCAGGGUGAGUAUUUGCUGGGUCCGAUUCUAUGUAAAUGGCAGGCUAAAAUCACACUAGUUCUGAUGUUGUUUUCGGAUUUAGGUCUAUUCUUUCUCGAUACCUACCUUUGGUAUAUUAUUUGUAACUGUAUUUUUUCCAUCAUACUGUCAUUUUCCCUUGGUACCUCAAUUCUCACACCAUGGAAAAAUGUAUAUUCACGAUUGCCUAAAAGGAUAUAUUCCAAAAUUUUAGCCACUUCAGAGAUGGAUGUAAAAUUCAAAGCAAAAAUACUAAUAUCUCAAGUAUGGAACGCAAUCGUUAUAUCGAUGUAUAGGGAACAUCUUCUCUCCAUUGAACAUUUACAAAGACUUUUAUUCCAGCAAGUGGACUCCUUAAUGGGUGAUACAAGAACCUUGAAAUCUCCUACAUUUUUUGUUGCCCAGGAUGAUUCAACUUUCAAAUCCAUGGAAUUUUUUCCUUCCAAAUCAGAGGCAAAAAGAAGGAUAUCAUUUUUUGCUCAAUCGUUGGCAACCCCCAUUUCAGAGCCUGUCCCAGUGGACUGUAUGCCAACCUUUACUGUCUUAGUUCCCCAUUAUUCGGAAAAAAUUCUUUUGGGUUUAAAGGAAAUUAUCAGAGAAGAAUCUCCCAAAAGCAAAAUUACAGUGCUUGAAUAUUUGAAGCAUCUACACCCUACAGAAUGGGAAUGUUUUGUUAAAGAUACGAAAUUAUUGAGCAUGGAAAAAAGUUUUUUAAAAGAAGCGGUGAAUAGUGAGAAUGAGGAUGGGCUGGAAAUUUCAGAUACUCCAUACGAUGUCGGAUCUACUCCCCUUUCAGAGCGAAAUAGUUCUCGAAAGCUAUCCACUGAAGACGAUCUUAUUAAGGAAAAAAUUAAUGACUUGCCAUUUUCUUAUUUUGGCUUCAACUCGUCUGAACCAUCAUACACGCUAAGAACAAGAAUUUGGGCGUCCUUACGGACACAAACUUUAUAUCGAACCCUUUCAGGUUUUAUGAAUUACUCCAAAGCUAUUAAACUGCUGUAUCGGAUUGAAAAUCCCUCUUUAGUUAGCUUAUAUCAUGGUAACUCUGAAGCUUUGGAAAACGAUUUAGAAAAUAUGGCUAGUAGGAAAUUCAGAAUGGUUGUUGCUAUGCAAAGAUAUGCAAAAUUUAAUAAGGACGAAAUUGAAGCGACGGAGCUACUUUUAAGAGCUUAUCCGAAUAUGUUUAUAUCUUAUCUUUUGGAAGAUCUAGACGAAAGCACAUCUGAACGUACAUAUUAUUCAUGUCUGACUAAUGGUUACGCUGAAUUUGAUGAAGAAAAUGGAUUGAGGAAGCCAACAUUCAAAAUUCGCUUGUCGGGCAAUCCAAUUCUUGGCGACGGUAAAUCGGACAAUCAAAAUCAUUCCAUAAUAUUUUAUCGCGGUGAGUAUAUACAGGUGAUCGAUGCCAAUCAGGAUAAUUAUUUGGAGGAAUGCCUAAAGAUACGAUCUGUUUUAAGUGAAUUUGAAGAACUUGAACUGAAUUCCAUAAUUCCGUAUAUCCCCGGUAUUGAGUAUGAGGAGGAGCCUGCCCCUAUCGCUAUAGUCGGUUCAAGAGAAUACAUUUUUUCAGAAAACAUUGGAGUCUUAGGCGAUAUUGCUGCAGGUAAGGAACAGACUUUUGGGACCUUAUUUGCAAGGACAUUGGCUGAGAUUGGCGGUAAACUACACUAUGGGCACCCUGAUUUUCUUAACGGCAUAUUUAUGACCACUCGUGGUGGCCUGUCGAAGGCACAGAGAGGAUUGCAUUUAAAUGAAGAUAUAUAUGCUGGAAUGAACGCAAUCUGCCGCGGCGGGAGAAUAAAACAUAGUGAUUAUUAUCAAUGUGGUAAAGGGCGAGACUUAGGAUUUGGUUCAAUUUUGAAUUUCACCACUAAAAUAGGUGCAGGUAUGGGUGAACAAUUGUUAUCAAGAGAGUAUUAUUAUCUUGGAACGCAACUUCCAAUGGAUAGAUUUUUAUCCUUUUUUUAUGCACAUCCUGGUUUCCAUCUAAACAAUUUAUUUAUUUCCUUUUCUGUUCAGCUAUUUUUUGUUUUACUAUUAAACUUGGGUGCUUUAAACCAUGAAACGAUUGCCUGCUUUUACAAUAAAAAUGCACCUAUUACAAACCUCGAAACCCCUGUUGGUUGCUAUAACAUCCAACCCGCAUUACAUUGGGUGUCAAUCUUUGUGCUGUCAAUUUUCAUUGUCUUUUUCAUUGCCUUUGCACCUCUAUUAAUUCAAGAAGUCUUGGAAAAGGGCAUCUGGAGAGCAGCUUCGAGGUUUUUACACCACCUUCUUUCAAUGGCUCCAUUAUUUGAAGUAUUUGUUUGUCAGGUCUAUUCGAACUCCUUAUUGAUGGACUUAACAUUUGGUGGAGCAAAAUAUAUAUCUACGGGUCGUGGGUUUGCAAUAACACGCAUUGAUUUCUCAGCACUCUAUUCUAGGUUUGUUAACAUAUCAAUAUACUCUGGGUUUCAGGUGUUCUUCAUGUUAUUAUUUGCGAUUAUAUCUAUGUGGCAGCCCGCUCUACUGUGGUUCUGGAUAACGGUAAUUUCAAUGUGUUUUGCCCCUUUUAUUUUCAAUCCUCACCAAUUUUCAUUUAUGGACUUCUUCAUUGAUUACAAGACUUUCAUGCAUUGGUUAUUUUCAGGUAAUACUAAAUAUCAGAAGGAGUCAUGGGCAAACUUUGUAAAGAGCUCUCGGUCAAGGUUUACGGGCUACAAGAGCAAAACCGUUGAUGAUAUCUCCGAAGAUUCAGGUCAUGACUCAAAGAAAGCAAGGUUUUGGAACGUUUUUUUUGCAGAGUUAUUUCUGCCGUUUUGCGUAUUUUUUUUCAAUUUCACAGCUUUUUCCUUCACAAAUGCGCAAACAGGGGUCUCUGAUUCAAAACCAACCAGUUCAGUUUUUCGGUUGUUACUCGUAACCUUUUUGCCAAUUUUUAUUAAUUCAAUAUUGCUGUUCCUGCUUUUUUGGGUCUCAUUUUUCGUCGUUCCUGGGUUAUCAUACUGCUGCAAAAAUGCUGGUGCCGUGAUUGCGUUUAUUGCACACACAUUUUCAGUCUUGAUCUAUCUUUUAGACUUCGAGCUAAUGUGGUUUUUACAAGGUUGGAACUUUACACGUACAUUGAUACUACUUAUCACAUGUAUCAACUUACAUUUGGUUCUUUUCAAGGUCUUUACGACGAUAUUCUUGACAAGAGAGUAUAAGAACAAUAGAGCACAUUUGGCUUGGUGGAAUGGCAGGUGGUACAACACAGGUAUGGGUUGGUCUGUCAUUUUACAACCCAUACGGGAAUACUUCGUGAAAAUUAUGGAAUCAAGUUAUUUUGCAGCAGAUUUCUUUCUUGGUCAUUUCCUGUUAUAUAUACAGAUGCCAAUCAUAUUGUUACCAUUCAUUGAUUAUUGGCAUACGAUGGUACUAUUUUGGAUGAAUCCGAGAAAUAUUAUCGCGCAUAGAAGGGUUUUCACUCGGAAGCAAAGAAUAUUAAGGAGCAGUAUAGUCUCAAAAUACUUCUCCCUAUAUUUCAUAAUACUAACUGUAUUCCUUUUCAUGCUUAUUGCGCCAUUCUUUGCCAGUAAUUUUGUACCAAAUACGCAGGAGAUGUUAGAAGGCACGCUUUUCGAGGGUAUCUUUCAACCCAAUGGUCAAAACAACAAUGAUACUGGACCGAAUGCCCCAUCGACAAUCCUGACUACCACACCACCUUUCCCUACCUUUGAGACUGUUGCGUAG